AUGGGCAUUAAACUACUUGGUGUUUCUCUCUCUCUCCUUGUGAUCUCAGUUGCAGUGAUCUCAGCGGCUGCCGAUGAGAAAGGCAAGCCCCUAAUAACCAAAACUUGCAGCGGCACGGAGUUUCCCGAUGUGUGCACCUCAACUUUGGAGUCGGAUUCUCGCAGUUUGAGUGCAGAUUUGAAGGGCCUUUCUAGGAUUGCCUUGGAGUUGACUGCAGCCAAAGCAAAUGAUGCUGCAGAAGUGGCCUAUCCAUUGCUGCAACAUGCAUCUGGGUAUGAGACAUGGGCGCAACUCUCAGGUUGUUUCAAUGGUUAUAACUUGAGCGUCUCUCGGAUUAAAGGGGACGGUCUCCAAUCUUUCGACGAGGGGAAGUAUGAUAAGGCAUACCAAACUGUGGAUCUUCUCAAUAAGGAAGUAGUUCAUUGUAGCACCUUUCACAUACAAGAGUUGGCUGAAAGCAAUACAUUGCUAUCAAGGUUUACCACUGAUGUAAAGACCAUUCUACAUCUCCUUUUCUAA